GAGUAGUGUCUGCUAAGUGAUGUUCUUCAUAUAAAGGGGGGGGGGGGGAGGAAUAACUUUUGUGGACAUAUUUUACCGGCUUCUCUUGGUUGGCUGGUUCAAAUCUCUGUUAUCAGGGCAGUUCUAAGUUUAUGUUGUGUUAUAUUUGCAUAUAAACUUUUAUUGUCACUCGGGCCGGCUUGCACAUUCGUGACUGUAGGCAAAGAAAGGUGAUGUGUCGGCCCUGGAGAUGACGGGCCCGGCCGGCGCACCCCCGGGUGCUCGGAGCGGGCAGAGCUGACGUGCUGCCGUGUCCCAGCACGGCCGGGCGAUGCUGCCCGCUCCCGACGGCUCCGGCCCGAGCCCAACAUGGACUUCAUGGCGGUGGCAGCGCAGGCACUAGACGCAGCAGCAAUGUGCCAUCUGAGUGACAAUGCGCAGUUGCAGGACCACCUGUUGUGCAGUCGCAGCGACCAGGCCCUGCCUGCGACCACGGAGCAGAUCCUCCGCAAGCGAGCGCCCUCGGAACUCCCGCGUGGCCCGGCAGCGAGCUGUCUCCUGGCAACAGAUGCCGAGGCCUUGUCGGUGGUUUCCCCUGACCAGUUGGCGGCAGUGGCCGAGAGCAGCUUGGCCACCGACCCUGCGUUGUUCCCAAUCACCCUGUGUGAAGCGGUCUACAAGAAGAGGUGCGCCCCGGAGGGACCCAGGAGCUUCACGUGCUCCACGUGCGGGGGCCAGUACAAGCGACGGGAGUCCCUGAAGAGGCACCUGCUGAAGCACAGCGGAGAGAAGCCCUUCGCCUGCCCCGUGUGCAGCCUGCAGUUCUGCCGCAAGUGCCAGCUGACGCGCCACGCCCUGGUGCACACGUGCGAGAAGCCCCACGCCUGCGCCGACUGCGGCGCAAGGUUCCGCGACCGGGGCAACCUCCGCACGCACCGGCUGGUGCACACGGGCGAGAAGCCCUUCCAGUGCCCGGAGUGCGGGGCGCGCUUCCGGGACCGCAGCAACCUCAGGAGGCACCUGCUCACGCACGGCGCGGCCAGGCGCUUCGCCUGCGUCGCCUGCGCGGCCCGGUUCAAGCGCAAGGGCGACCUGAAGACGCACGCGCUCACCCACACGGGCGAGAAGCCCUUCUCGUGCCACGUGUGCGGCACGGGGUUCGUGGUGAGGAGCAGCCUCAACAAGCACCUGUUCACCCACACGGGGGAGAAGCCCUUCCAGUGCCCGGACUGCGGCGUGGCCUUCCAGCAGCUGCGGUACCUCAGGAGGCACUCUGCGCUGCACGCCGGCGACCAGCCCCUCGACUUCUCCCUCCGCUGAUCACGUCUGCAGCUUAUAUUGUUGAUGGUUUCACAGUUUCAUAUGUAUUACAAAAGAAAAUAGUGA